AUGGGUGAUAUGGAGAAUGGACAGGGGACGAGACCAUCGUGGCCGGUUCGAGUACCAGCCUUUAGCGGUUCAAUGGGUGAUCAGAGCCUGUCGCAUAAUACAAGCCAGACUGCUGCAUACCAAGGCGUCGGGGAUAAUGCCGUUCAAGGAAAUUCAGGUCUGCCUCAUGGGUCAGGAUCAACGACGAGCAAUCCUGAAUCUUACACACCAAGGCCCAUGUUCAACAAUCCCAGAAAUGGAAACGUCAAUGACGGUGUACAGCUACCCAGCCGGGACAUGCAGGCUUCGCCUUCAAAUGCUUUCGGCGCAUUCAAUGUCCCAUCAUGGAGUCCUGUGAAUAUGAAAAGUCAACCAAUGCCCACACAACAGCUCCAAACGCCAUUCCCGUUCUUUAACCCGAUGUUCUUCAACCAAAACCUACCUGGUGGCAUGCCACCUUUCCCAAUGAUGCCUCCCUUCAACCCAAUGCUUCCCAUGCAGACGCAGAACAUGAGUACAAUGGCAGGGUCAGCAGGGCAUCUUCCUAAUUUGGGCCCAUCAAAAAGAACACAAUCACCAACACCACCAAUGAAGAAGCCAUCGCCAACGAAGGAGUACAUGUUGCAGGCGUCUCAACCCCCGCAAAGGAGUCCAUCGAAACGACCGCUACUGAUAAUUCUCGAUCUAAACGGUACUCUGAUAUUCCGCAAACACCGCAAAUUGCCUCCAGUUUUUUCCCGUCGGCAUGGGCUGGAUGAGUUCCUAGAUAUCCUGACUAGUAGAUAUGCAGUGAUGAUCUGGACAAGUUCAAAGCCACCUACCCUGAAUGCAGUCUGUGGCAAGUUGUUUCCAGACGAGAAGCGCAAACGCAUGGUAGCCCUGUGGGGCCGUGAUAAAUUCGGCCUCACCCAUGCACAAUACAAUGCCAAGUUGCAGGUGUACAAGGAAUUGCGGAAAGUAUGGGCCUGCCCUGAGAUCCAAGCCGCAUAUCCAGGCAACAAGGCCGUCAAACAGCCCGCACCGCCAAAACGGACAGGAGGAAAACACAGUAAGAAGAACCAGAUUCGCCAACAGGCCGGAUCUUUCUUACCUGGUCAGCGCUGGGACCAAACAAAUACCAUCCUCAUUGACGACAGCAAGCUCAAAGCUCUCAGUGAACCAUUCAACAUCUUUGAGAUCCCCGAGUUCACCAAUGACCCCGACAUCGACGAGUCAAACCUCUUCACCCAAGUCCUCGCCAAACUCGACGCCAUGUCACGAUAUGAUGACGUGAGUAAAGUGCUCCGCCAGUGGAACGAGCGUGUUGCACAGGGCAAAGGCAGCAUCUUGGACCUUGACAUCGGACCUGAAGAAGAUAUCGACGAUGAAGAAGAAGGCGGGAUAAGCCUCCUGUCUACUACGGCCCCUGGCUCCUCCGCCAACCCCAUCGACAUCGACAUUGAGAAAAAACCUCAUCUUGGCGCCCAGCUAGACCCCAAAGAAGCCACGCGUCUUAGAAGAAAGGCCCGCAAGAAGGAGAAGAAGGCUGCGAAAGCUGCCAUGGUAACUGCCACUAAACUUGCCCAACAGACUCAGGGUAACACUCAGCCCUCGACUCAAGCCGCUAGUAGCACAAAUGCUACCCCUUCCAAGGUUACCAAGACUGCCAAGCUGAAGAAUCGCAAGAAGGGCAAGAAAAAGGGUCCCCAGGCGCAAGAGCUUGAUGCCGAGCGUGAGCUUGAACCCAAUGCGCAGGAGAAUAUUAUCGACAAUACCGAUGGGAAACGGUACAAUUUCCGCCGUCAGGUUCAAUCUGAGCCUGAAGUGAUCAUCGAGCCCAUGGUGGAAGAGGGUGAUCACAGCUAUGAACCUGAAUACACGCCCGUUGAGAACAACGAAGGGUUGUCAGUACCAGGACAUGAAACAUCGCAGAUCACCGUGGAGCCAAGUGAAGCGUCUCAGGCUUUGGAUCGUUCCUGGGCUGAAUACAAACGCAGCCAAUCACUCGAAUCCGGUCAAAGCUCCAUCCCACGUCCACAUUCUCAAGAACAGGACGAGACUCGCUUCCAAGUGGACCCAAGUCACCGUUCUAUCUCGCCCGUUACCGAUGAUGGCCGACGCUCUGUCUCACCGGCUACAUCCUCUGCGUCCGGGAACACGCUGCUUGAUAAGUUGGAGGAAGGGCUUGGGAUCAAGCUCAAGAGAUAG